AGUCUAUCAUUGAUGGGCAUUCAGGUUGAUUCCAUGUCUUUGCUAACCAUACACAACUUUUAACUGACUUGUUGCUCAUUCAAGGGGCUGGUCCUGGUACACUCUACCUUACUAUCACUGUCCGCUUUUCUCCUUUCUUCCUCACCUUCCCUUCUCUUCUCCUCCCAACCCAUACUUCCCUUUUCACCCUGAGGAGCUAUGGGAAGUACUCGGUGGUUUGGAAGAGAAUGAGGAGAAGAUAGAGUCCCUGCCCUAAUGGUCAAUGUAUGCUGUUGAUGGAAAAACAAGAUAGAUAGCUCCUGGCAACAUUUGGGAACAUUUCCUUCAACAAUCUUUAAAUAUUUUUUACUAAGACUUAAGAAGUUUUUAUACAAAAGCAUAACUAAGGCAAAAGGUAAAGUAAAAAUAACAGUCAUCCCUCAGAAUACUAAGGAACCUUAAUCUAAACAGGAAAUGGGAAGGGCGGUGAGAAUAUACCUGUCUUCAUUAAAGUUGUUCCCUUAAUUUGUUAACACAUGGUUAUGCUUUCCAAUGGGAUGAAGUGAAACUCCCAAGUGUGUUUUGUAUUGUUGUUGUUUUUAUAUUUCUUAGCUGUGCCCCAGUCACUUUUUAGGGUUAUUACUAGAUUGACUUCCCCCAAAUAGAGUGUCUGCUGAGUGGGAGGAUGGAACAUUCUAAACUCAAUAUUCCAGAGCCUAGAAUCUAAUUGUUUCUACCACUCACUGUGUGGCCUUGGGCAAGUCCCUUAGUCUAUCUGUGCCUCCAUUUCCUUCCCAGUCCAGAGAGGGCAGUUUGACUUGAUGAUUUUAAAGGUGCCUUUUACCAAAAUUUUGUGAUUUCUUGAAAAUGAUGUUUGCGAGUCACCCACACCUUUGGGGAUAAGACUAAUACACACCCUCAGAGAUUGGGAUGCAGAUUACUGGGCUUUCGUAUAUAGGCCAUUGGCUGUCAUUUAUACGCUUCUGAGGUUUUCAGAACAGGAAAAUAGGAGGGGUUAACUCUGCCCGUGAGAAACAUCUUUGGUGAACUAUGAUUUCAGUUGAAAGAUGUGUUUUUGUGAGUGGAGCACCGCAGAAGAACUGAAGACUGUUGUGUGCUCUGUGUGCUCCCUGCAGAAGGGGCUGCCAUGAUCCUUUCCUCUUAUAACACCAUCCAGUCGGUUUUCUGUUGCUGCUGUUGCUGUUCAGUGCAGAAGCGACAAGUGAGAACACACAUAAGCUUGAGCACAGAUGAGGAGCUUCCAGAAAAGUACACCCAGCGUCGCAGGCCGUGGCUCAGCCAACUGUCAAAUGAGAAGCGAUCCAACAGGGGCCGUGUGCAACCGUUGAAACGAAAGCCACUGCCUCCUCUGCCACCCUCUGAGGUUGCUGAAGAGAAGAUCCAAGUCAAGGCACUUUAUGAUUUUCUGCCCAGAGAACCUUGUAAUUUAGCCUUAAGGAGAUCAGAAGAAUACCUGAUAUUGGAGAAAUAUAAUCCUCACUGGUGGAAGGCAAGAGACCGUUUGGGGAAUGAAGGCUUAAUCCCAAGCAACUAUGUGACUGAAAACAAAAUAACUAAUUUACAAAUAUAUGAGUGGUACCAUAGAAACAUUACCAGAAAUCAGGCAGAACAUCUGCUGAGACAAGAGUCUAAAGAAGGCGCAUUUAUUGUCAGAGAUUCGAGACAUUUAGGAUCCUACACAAUUUCUGUAUUUAUAGGAGCUAGAAGAAGUACGGAGGCUACCAUAAAACAUUAUCAGAUAAAAAAGAAUGACUCAGGACAGUGGUACGUGGCUGAAAGACACCUCUUUCAAUCAAUUCCUGAGUUAAUCUGGUAUCACCAGCACAAUGCGGCCGGUCUCAUGACACGUCUCCGAUAUCCAGUUGGGCUGAUGGGCAGUUGUUUACCGGCCACAGCUGGGUUUAGCUACGAAAAGUGGGAGAUAGAUCCGUCUGAGUUGGCUUUUAUAAAGGAGAUUGGAAGCGGUCAGUUUGGAGUGGUCCAUUUAGGUGAAUGGCGGUCACAUAUCCAGGUAGCUAUCAAGGCCAUCAAUGAAGGCUCCAUGUCUGAAGAGGAUUUCAUUGAAGAGGCCAAAGUGAUGAUGACAUUAUCUCAUUCAAAGCUAGUGCAACUUUAUGGGGUCUGUAUACAGCGGAAGCCCCUUUACAUUGUGACAGAGUUCAUGGAAAAUGGCUGCCUGCUUAACUAUCUCAGGGAGAGAAAAGGAAAGCUUAGGAAGGAAGUGCUACUGAGUGUAUGCGAGGAUAUAUGUGAAGGAAUGGAAUAUCUGGAGAGAAAUGGCUAUAUUCAUAGGGAUUUGGCGGCAAGAAAUUGUUUGGUCAGUUCAACAUGCAUAGUAAAAAUUUCGGACUUUGGAAUGACGAGGUACGUUUUGGAUGAUGAGUAUAUCAGCUCUUUUGGAGCCAAGUUCCCUAUCAAGUGGUCCCCUCCUGAAGUUUUUCUUUUCAAUAAGUACAGCAGUAAAUCUGAUGUCUGGUCAUUUGGAGUUUUAAUGUGGGAAGUUUUUACAGAAGGAAAAAUGCCUUUUGAAAAUAAGUCAAAUUUGCAAGUUGUGGAAGCUAUUUCUGAAGGCUUCAGGCUGUAUCGCCCUCACCUGGCACCAGUGUCCAUAUACGAAGUCAUGUACAGCUGCUGGCAUGAGAAACCCAAAGGCCGCCCUACAUUUGCCGACCUGCUGAGGACACUCACAGAGAUUGCAGAAACCUGGUGACCUGAAAUGGAAUGCCAACCCAAAGAAUCAUCUUGCAAAACUGUCACUUAUUGUGAAUAUCUUCACCAUAUGGGGACACUUAUGGUGAAUAUUUUCCCUUAGAGUUGCCGACUCUUGAAAGCAGUGCAAAGAUCACAGGCUUUUAAAAAUUAAAAAAAUUUAAGACUAUUCAGACAAUCUAUGUUUUUCUAUGUGUGACAUGGACUUGUACACUCUUAUUUUUCUGUAAAAUAUUUCACAUCUCAAAUGUGAAGAAAUGAAAAAGGCUUCACAGCAGUCUUCAUAGUGACUGCUCCUCAUGAUCAUAGCCACAGGAACCCUUAAGGGUACAUGAAAAUCUGACCCUUCACAAAGCUUAGAAUGCUUCCUUCUUCAAGAUGAAUGACAUUCAUCACUCCAGUGAUCCAUGCAUAGAAGAUAAAAAUAAAUUCCGCCAACUCAUGGGAUAAAGGGGCCUCCCUUGCAGAAUUUCAUGCUUUUGGUCUGUAUAGAUCUUUGCAGAAAAUGCACCUUUGUAAACCACAUGAAUGUUAGCAUUCUGGAAAUGUCUUUUGUUAAUAUAAUCUUCGUAUAUGUUAUUUAUCAAAUUGUUUUUGCACAUAUCUGAUCAUACUGACGGCAGUUUUUUUGCAUGUGGGUUUUAAACACUGUUACAGGAUGUAAUUUAAGCUCAUCUUUGAACAGAUCCUGGUGACAUUCUAUUUCCAGGAAAAUCCAGAACUUGAUUUUAAUUCUGUGAUUUUAUACUUUUUGCAUGUGAGAUUGGACAGUUUCAGAGUUUUAUUUUGUCACAGUAAGUGCCUUUGUAAUUUUCAGGAAGGCUUGUUCUUUCCAGAAGAGGAGACAAAAGCAAGAUAACCAAAUGUGACAUCAAGCUCCAUUGUUUCGGAAAUCCAGGAUUUUGAAUUUGAGAUGAAACAACCAGCAAUUACAGUUAAAUCUUAACUUUGCCUGCACUCUUUGUAGGAAUGACCAGAAAUUGAUCUGUAUUAUUCUGAGUGCUUCAGGAGUACCAUACGAAGAAACAUAUUGGAGAAAGCACAAAUGUAAUUACCACGAAGUCUAACAAUAGGAGCCCACUAUUUGCACACUUUCCCACCCUGUAUCAUGGUUCUGUGGGAACAAGUUUAUGAUCCUCAUUAGAGUUUAAGUUGUUGAUUGUCAGUAGUUGUGACUUUUAAAUUAUAUUUCCCCCACUCAAAGAAUGGUAUCUUUAUAUAUCAAUGACACUCAAUAAAUGUGUAUUAUUUCCAGUGAGAAUCAGGUACAAGAAGAGACUUGAUAAUUCAACUGGUGGUCUCAGAAAUGUUUGGGCCGGGUGUGGUGGCUCAUACCUAUAAUCUCAGCACUUUGGGAGGCUGAGGUGGAAGAAUAGCUUGAGCCCAGUUCGAGACCAGCCUGGGCAACAAAGUGAGAUCCCCUCUCUAU